GAAUUGCGUAACAAAGCACACUCGCCUUCAAACCUUACUGAAAACUUUCGUUCCGCGUGUGCUAACGGAUCGCUGAAGCUUAAAAGGACAAAAAAGUUUUUCGCGACGCGAAACCUUCGUUUGAAUCGAAUAUAAUACGCAAUUUAAUAUUUUGGGUUUCGAAUUAUUUUUUGUUAUUGAAAUUAUUUAGCUUUUAAUCAAUUGAAUACUGUGUAAAGUGUACCGAUGUGUAUUUCGCCGGUCGCGUAUAUUUUAAUAGUGCUAACGUUUUGAGUGUGCGUGCUAUUUGGUUUUGUUUCUUUUUGCUUGUAAGCGAGUGGUGGCAGCGGCGUCCGGUGGGACCGCACUGGUGGUACGAAGGAAUCGAUACUGCGGUGGGAGCGGCAAAGAUACACCGCCAUGUGGGUGAAGGCGAAAAAGGUGUGGACAAGUUAAGGGAUUCACAUGCCGACAAUAUUCUGCAGUCAGCAGAAAGAUGUCCUAAUAUGGGUUGGUUAUGCGUGGUGGCACGCGCCGGAGCCUUCUUCCUAAUGCUCACCAGAGUAUCCGCGCUAACGUCCGACAUUUUUGCAGCGGGAAAGUCGGACAAAGAGAUACUGGACAAUCUACUGAAGAACUCCCGCUAUGAUAAAAGACUGCUACCGCCAGUAGACGAUCCUGUUUUCUGUUGUGGUCUAACGACGCCGAACGACACUCUAGCGCAGAAUAGAGUCGGCCUCUCGUCCCUUCGGCCCCAAUCGCACAACCGUGGUGUCCUCACGGUAAAUGUUAGCGUGCUACUUCUUAGUUUAGCAUCACCAGAUGAAUCUAGUCUCAAAUACGAGGUCGAAUUCCUUCUGCAGCAGCAGUGGUAUGAUCCUCGACUUCGUUAUUCAAACCAGUCUCAUUACGACUAUCUAAACGCUAUACAUCAUCACGAAGACAUUUGGUUACCAGAUACAUAUUUCAUUAUGCAUGGCGACUUCAAAGAUCCAAUAAUACCGAUGCAUUUUGCGUUACGGAUUUACCGCAACGGCACAAUCAACUAUUUAAUGCGGCGGCAUCUCAUUUUGUCCUGUCAAGGCAGUCUCAACAUUUUUCCAUUUGAUGACCCAUUAUGUUCUUUUGCAUUAGAAAGUAUUUCUUAUGAGCAGUCAGCAAUAACAUACGUUUGGAAGAAUGACGAGGACACGCUGCGGAAGUCACCGUCGCUCACCACACUGAAUGCAUAUCUUAUACAGAACCAAACCAUUCCUUGUCCUAUAAAAGCUAGCUGGAGAGCUGAUGGUAUUUCACUUUACGAGGAUGACGAAGAGCUGACAUGUAAUCUUUGCCAGAGACGCUUUGAGGAGCAAGGUAACUACAGCUGCUUAAAGGUGGAUCUAAUUUUUACAAGAGACCGAGCAUUUUACUUUACCACAGUUUUUAUUCCUGGCAUUAUCCUGGUGACCUCCUCCUUCAUCACCUUUUGGCUGGAAUGGAACGCAGUACCAGCCCGUUCCAUGAUAGGUAAUUACAGCUGCCUCAGGGUGGACCUUAUCUUCACACGGGAUAGAUCAUUUUACUUCACAACAGUUUUCAUUCCUGGCAUCAUUUUGGUGACAUCAUCGUUUAUUACUUUUUGGCUGGAAUGGAAUGCAGUGCCCGCUAGAGUUAUGAUAGGUGUAACGACCAUGUUGAAUUUCUUCACAACAUCCAACGGCUUCCGCUCCACAUUGCCCGUGGUGUCAAAUCUGACGGCCAUGAACGUGUGGGACGGCGUCUGCAUGUGCUUUAUAUACGCAUCUCUACUGGAGUUCGUGUGUGUCAACUACGUUGGCAGAAAGCGGCCCCUUCACAAUGUUGUCUACAGACCAGGAGAAAAUCCUGUCACACAGCGUCUACCCGCCGUUCUGAGCAGAAUUGGCAUUAUACUGGCCAGUCCUUUGGAGGCGAUGGCAUUCCUCCAUUGGGCCAAAUCUGAAACCCCCCAACCGGGAUCAAGCGGUGCUGGUGAUAAAAAGCGUGAAUCAACUGGUGCAGCUGAUUUAGUGACAUGUACGACAUGCACCGGGGCCCCCGGCUCUUGUACACACACGACCAAUAACGGGGGCGUCACCGAGCAAUGUUUCGUCCAGGUCCGUAAAAAGGAGCCCCCUCACCCCAUCCGAGUGGCGAAGACCAUCGACGUCAUAGCACGCAUCACCUUUCCGACUGCCUACGCCGUGUUUCUCAUAUUUUUCUUCAUCCAUUACAAAGCCUUUUCUUAAUGCUGCCUUAAAUCCCUCGCUACAAGAUGCUUUGUACAAAUAGACCUUAAAAGCGUCUUAAUAUUUUUCUAAAUCCCCAUUUAUCACCGCUAUUUGUACUUUUAAAGAAAUCACAAUUUUUUAAUAAGAUAUUUUUGAUGAAGAUAAGCGAGCUGUUGUGAUUGAUUGAAUAUUAUAUAGCUACACUUACGUAUAUGAAGUGUGUUUAAGUGACGAACAAUUAUGUUAGUUGGAUUAAGUUACGAUCAGAAGAAUCAUUCGCUUACUGUUAAAGUAUAUUGGUGAUAGAAAAUAAGAGGCGUAAUUGGAGUUUAUACAGGUUUUGAAAUAGGUUCCAUUAGUUAAACAAAGGUCGAUUAUGAAUUUAAUGUGUAUUUAAGGUAACGAUAGGAUAACGAGGGAUCAAUGUAAUAACAAUGUAAAAAUGAUCUCGGAUGCGAGAUGUUCAAAUGGUUAUGUCGUCCUUGUAGUAAAGAAAUCUAUUUCAAAACUAAAUUCAGUCCAAAGAAGUAUUAAUAAUAAACAGAUUAAAUUACUAGCAUAUAAGAGACUAUAAUAAUUUUAUAAUUAUAGAUUAAGAGAUCACCGUUAGUUGUAGUUGUCAUGCAUGAUACACAUACAUUGUGAUAUUACGUAUUCAUAUUGACUAAAAUACGAUCGCUUUAUGAAAUGACGUUGGUACAAUUACAAUUAUUAUUUAUAAACACCCUGUUCAUACUUUAAAGUCGAUUUGUAAUCCAUUAGUUUUAGAUAUGGAACGCUCAAAUUGUUAUUACGUGUAAAGUUUACGCUUUAAAUUAUUUUGCAUUCAAAUUCAAGUCUUAGGGCUGGCUGAUUUUUCAAUCGUUGAUUAAAACUUAUUCAUCGAAUAACGCAUUAAACUACCAUUUCAAAAAUAUAUUCUAAUUGUCCGUAUUUGACAGUUUACCGGUGACAUUUUAAAAUGUUCGUGUAAUAUAGAUACUUUAUUGGACGGAUACAUUUUAACCAAGGAUUGAAAAAUCGGCCCUUUAUAUUAUGUAAAUGGAUAAACCAUGAACAUGCCUUCUAAUGUAAUUAGAAUCACUUUGUUUUGCUAAUCCUUACUCUUAUAUCUUAAAAUUAUUAAGAAAUAAGUAACUACAUAAGUAGGUAACCAUGUUUGAUCACAGUUGUAUGUUAAUGUUAUUUCUAUUCAAAUAUGUUUAACAAUUCCUACAAUAUUAUACAAUAUGUACAUUAUAUUGUACAUGUAUCUUUAUUUUAUGUAAUAUGUUUUAUAUAAUACCUCCAAAAUCAAAAUUAUUAUGUCGUUUCAAAAAACGUUUAGGUACCUACCCUUGGGCAAAACAAGCGUAACUAUAGAGUAACGCUAUAUUCUAAGUUCUUCUAAUGUAUAAAUAUAUAUUACUUAUAUAUUUAAUUAUCGUUCUCUAAUAACGUCCAAUACUUUAAUAUUUAAAAGUUAUUAAUUUAUAAAAAGCAGUCAAUCUUUUGUAGAUUUUUUUAUACAUGUUUAGCCAGCCAGCCAGACAGCCUGCGCACCUUAUAUUCUAAUAAUUCCUGACAUUUGUUUGAUAAUGUUAAUAAUUAUAAAAAUUAUAAGCUAUACAUAAAAUGUAUAAAGAUGAUGUUUACGCUAUAUAUAUAUAUAUAUAUACGCCGCUUUAAUAUUAUAUACCUAAUAUUUGUAGUAAGAUUCUAUAAACACGAUUGGAACAUCAAUUCCCAUCCUAGCACACACUGCUCUAAUUAAAGACAACGUAGCGUUGAACAUUUCCUUUUUUGAAAAAGGUAAAUCCGAAUUCUGAUUAAAGCUGUUGAUUAGAGUCACAUUAUGAGAUAUUUUAAAUCCGUCCAACAACCUUUCAUUCGCUAUUAUAAAUUUAUUGGUCAUUGACGGUAUUAUCUCAGAAGAUCAAAUAAAAUAAUUAUUAUGGUAUAAAAUAAUACUUAUCUCACUAAUCAUUAUCAAUGACAAUGAGACAAAAAUAUAAGAACCCCUAAAUUUUUACUAACUCCGAAAAAUAAGACUUUAUUAAUUAUAAUAUGUGUUUAAUUCCUAACUUAGUUUAAACUCGCGGGUGCUUCUUUACGGCCUUUUAAAUUUUACAAGAAUAGGAUAUCACAAAUUAUUGUGAACUUCAUUCACACUGUAAGAAAGAAGAAAUUAAUUCAAACGUACAAAAAUUGUAUUCCUUAUAAAAUUAUUUUUGUUCGCUUUUCCAUAAAUGUACCUAGGUAUAAUAUGCUUAUUUAUAUUUCCCCUGAUUUGACCAAUAAUAUUUCUCGUUCGUUGUAGAAGCACCAUACAGCACGUAGGCACCUAUACUCGAUUUUGCUUAAAAUGUAUGCGGACCAAAGAGUCAACGGUUUAAGAUAUAAUUAUUUAGAUAAAUCUAAAAUAAUUUGUAUAGUUUAAUCUUAUCUAUGUAAUAAGAACACGUUUUGGCUGUGCUUUAAAACAUAAUUUAUAAUAUUAUUAUAUAUCUAUUAAUAUGAGCCAAAGUUUCUCUGUACCCUGUCAAUUGCUGUCGCAAUCUUGAUAAUUCUUUUAAUAUUGGUACUUAUACAGGAUGUCCCACUAUAGGUAUACUAAGCGCGUAGGGACUUUUACUUUUGCAUCCUGUAUAGUAACCAAACCUACAUUACAUUUUUAUUACCUAUACGUUAUGGUAGAUAGGUAUGUUACAGGCAAAAUGUAUAAUUUCGCCGUUUACAAACGGAGCUUUAUUAAAAGUAAAAUAUAAACAGGAACUACACGCAACCGGGACCUAGUGGACUUUUGGAAAAGUACAUGCUUUAUAAUAGACUAGCGGUCCGCCCCGGCUUCACCCGUGUUACUUAGGUAUUUCGCAAUAAAAGUUAUAUAUGGUCCCUCUCAGGGUCUAAAGAUUGUCUGUGGCAAAUUUCAUCAAAAUCGGUUGAGAGGUUUAAGCAGGAAAUCGUAACAGACAGACAAAAAGACAGAGUUACUUUCGCAUUUAUAAUAUUAACAUAUAUAGGUAGGUACCUAGUAGGGAUACAAAAUUUUGAGCGUUUGUAUGUUGUGUAAGGUGAAUUUACACAAUUUGCCUGUUAAUUAUAUAAAUUUAAUUGCGGCGGUUGCCUUUAUACAAUUUUUUUGAUGUUAGACAUAAAAUUUCAAAUUUAAUGAAGAUUUAAAAAAUAUAUUAGUAUAAUCUAAAUAGCUAUUGGACGCUAACAACAAAAUUGAGCUAAAUCUUGUACGUCGUCAAACGUAUGCAUAGAAAUAUAUUAUAAUAAUUCGCUAAUUUACACCUACCAUUUCUUUUGUGAAGACAAAAAGCGAUGCUUUAUUUUAUUUUUAGCAGUCGAUAAUAUUAGCAAAACCGCUGCUAAAAGGUAUAAAAACAAAUAAUUGUGUACAUUGGGAAUGUAAAAGAAGAAACUUUAUCAUACACAUAUAUAUAUAUAUAAGUACCAAACUUAUUUGUUAUAAAAUACAUAUUUAAAACAAUAGGUAGCAGACAGCAUUCCUAUUUCUAUAUACCUAUCCAUGAAAAAUUACAAUUUGAUUGGCAUAUUUUACUAAUAUUAAAUUGAUAGAUAAAAUUACAUAUCAUUCGCUUUAUAAGACCGAUAAUAAAUUAUUAAGUACUUUUUAUAUGUAUGAAAAUUAUAUAAACAAUAUUAUGCUUAUAAAUUUUUUUUUCUAUAAAAAAAGUCUAUAAAUAAUCAUUUUAUUUUUAUAAUGUAUCUACCUACUUAUAUUCUAACUAAUAGAUAAUGAAUAAUUAUUAUAUUUGACAAUUGUUUAAGUUUGAAAAUUAAAAAUUUAAAUUCUAAUGCAAGUUAAAGUGUUGAUGUUAAACAUCUGGCAAAAUUUAGUACAACACCAACGAAAAUUGUUUGUUUACCAAGAAUUUUAUGCAACAAGUAACCAUGUAUAGAUAUUUAUAAUAGAUGUUUAAGCAUGUCUGCUUUCUAUAUUUAGGUACAUUCUAGCAUUGCUUUUUAAAUAAUGAUAUUGUACAAUACGGAUAUUUUUUUGUUAUUCAUAAAAAACUUGACAGAACGAAUAAAUUAACUCAUCCAAAUUCGUUCCUAUUCAUAUUUUCUUAAUACCUUAAUUGUUAAUAAUUACAGAUUGAGUACCUUACCUUAUUUGUAUUCGUACAUAGAUUUAAAAAAUGUAUUCAUGCCUUUGUGCUUUACUAGGCUAAUUUCACGAAUACUGCGCAUGCAAUAUGUCAAAUCGAUGUACCUACCUAGGUAGGUACUGUGGUAUUGAGCCCAGCUAUAUCUAAAAAUAUCAAUUUAAAAAUAUGUAGACCUAGGUAUUUGCCCGAAAUAUUAUGCCAGGUAACUACUGCACUAGGGCUAGCUUCGAUUCAAUUUACCAACACGCUUAACUUAGCCUUCAUAGAUAAAUUAAAUAUUAGUUCGAAUUUCAAAUGCAUAUUACAAACCGUCUCAAAUUCAUAUUUUUAUGAUUUUGGGACAUGAUAUUAAAGAUUUAUUUAGAUUAUGUUAUUUUUUAAUAUGGAAUAAAUAGAUCUUCUCAUUUAUUUUAUAGCCUGUCCUAUUGGAAUUGAUUUACUACAUUUACGAUUAUUCCAAUUCCAGCUUUGAUUCGGGUGCAAAAUAAUGUAUGUAGGUCUAGGUAGUAAUUACUAAUUAUAUACCUACAAUUACACACCUAGUUAACUUUUAGAAUGUUUAGGUUCUAAUGUUGUUCAUUAUACUUAAUUAUGAUGAUUAUUCAGGAUCACAAAAGACAUUAGUGAGAUAAAUAUGAAAGCUUACGUAGUUUAAGUAAAAGUUCUACACACUUUUUGUCUGUGCUGUGCACGUGUAUAGAUUUUUUUAUUAUAGUGAAUUAUUAAUGGUAGGCAUUUUAAUUAAACCAAUAUUAUAAAAGAUUUUUAUUGAAAUUGUUUAUUUAUGGUUAUGAAAGUGAUAAUGUAGUUAGGUAAAAUUAUUUCAUGAGAAAUGUCUAAUAACAUAAUAUUCACGAAUUGUUGUGCUUUGGCUGUUCAUUGAUAGUGUCUACCUGCCAACCUACAAAAUAUUUUGCUUGUAUGAACAUUGUUAUUUAAUUUAAUCAAGUAGUGCCAUACAUAUAUAGACAAAUAUCAGUGCGCCACACUUUUAAAUAUUUUAUAUUUAUUCACUUAUUAUUGUGAAGUUGUGAGAGUUUGUGUUAAUAAUUAUUGUCAAGUUUACGUAUGUUGUAUAUAAAGUACGCAAAAUGCGCACGUCAAAUUGUAUAUGUAUUGUUGCAGUGUAAAUAAUUUUACUGUAAAGGUUAUCAAUUUCAUUAAAUAAAACACAAGUUCGAAAUAAAGGCUGUCUUUAAAAUU